AUGCACAGGAAAACCCAAGUACCGAAAGCGCCGGGCACUGCUUUCGAAGGUAUGGUGUGUCACUGGGUGCCUGGGAAGGGCAGGGGAGCGGGCCCGGGAUGCAGAUCACUUCUGUCCGAGGUGGAAAGUAUCGCGACCCACGCGCGACCAUCUCGUGGACCAUAG